AUGCUCGGUCGAAGCUCUUUCUGUGCUCUACUGUUUGCCGUCAUUCUUUAUUAUUCGCCAGGAGCUGUCGCUCUUGUCGGUGCAUCAAGCCGAGAACUGGGCGCAAGGCAAACAGAGAACCCUGUUUUUCUGGGCUGUUUUGCUGAUGGCUCGCCACGCAUACUGCGCCAUGGAGCAGGUAGCAAUCUAGCUGAAACAAGUUUUGCUAGUUGCGCCGAUACCUGUUUCCAAGCCGGGUACGCUCUUGCUGGCGUUGAGAACGGCCAUGAGUGCUAUUGCGGAAACGCGUUCUUGUACGAUUAUGGCACUUCCACAGGCUGCACCUCGCCUUGCCCAGGCGAUGCGUCGAACACUUGUGGGGGUCCCGGCGCUAUGCAAGUUUAUUCCACUGGUGCUGGGCCGUACACCACGGGCCCUGCAUCUUUCGUGCUCACAUACAAUGGGUGGAAUGUCACUGAAUGCUGGGAGGAUGGAGUUGGCGGUCGUACCCUUCCUCAUACACCCACCAAUAAUCCUCCAUCUGCGAGUAUGACGGUCGAGAAAUGUAUCGACGCAUGUGCCGCAGACGGCUACACUAGCGCGGGGUUGGAAUGGGGACAGUGA